AUGGUAAAUAUCUCGGAGAAAAUCAACCACAUCAUAACACGUUCGAAAUUGUUAAUAUCAAAAAUGAGUAUCAGUCUUGCUGAAAGUGACCCUGAAAUUAUGGCAUUAUGCAGGGAGGAAAAAGAGCGUCAGAAACUUGGAUUGGAGUUAAUAGCUUCAGAGAAUUUCACAAGCCAAGCUGUCCUGCAAGCCUUAUCGUCUUCGUUUCACAACAAAUAUUCUGAAGGUCAAGUUGGUGCUAGAUAUUACGGUGGUACCGAAGUUGUAGACAAAAUGGAAACUUUAUGCAAGAAGCGUGCUCUCGCCCUAUUCGGUCUUGAUGAAUCUGAAUGGGGUGUUAAUGUUCAACCUUAUAGUGGAUCACCGGCUAAUUUCGCCAUAUAUACGGGGUUGGUCGGUCUUCAUGGUCGUAUUAUGGGAUUAGACUUACCAGAUGGUGGACAUCUUACUCAUGGAUAUCAAGCUGCAUCUGGUCGGAAGGUUUCUGCCACAUCGUUGUUCUUCGAGUCUGUUCCUUACAAAGUUGACCCCAAGACUGGAUGGAUAGAUUAUGAACGAUUGGAGAUUGUAGCAAGAUCUUUUCGUCCUAAAUUGAUUGUUGCAGGAACUUCAGCAUAUGCUCGUCAUUUAGAUUAUCCGAGAUUUCGACAAAUUGCAGAUUCAGUCUCAGCUGUGUUACUUGCUGAUAUGUCUCAUAUUGGUGGUCUGGUUGCUGCAGGACUUCACCCUUCUCCUUUCAAGUAUGCUGAUGUAGUGAUGACUACUACUCAUAAAACAAUUCGUGGACCGCGAGGUGCAAUGAUAUUUUAUAGAAAAAUAGCCAGAUCAAAAGAAAACGGUGUUGAAAAUGGAUGUCACACCGAUCCUGCUCCAACAGACUUUGAACGUCGUAUUAAUGAAGCAGUCUUUCCAGGUUUACAGGGUGGUCCUCACAAUAACACUAUUGCAGCUAUAGCUGUUUGUUUAAAAGAAGCUGCGUCACCUGAAUACAAGGUUUACCAAGAGCAAGUGCUCAAAAAUAUGAAACAACUUUGCAAAUCAUUAAAAGCUUACGGUUAUGAGCUUGUGACUGGAGGUAGUGAUACACACUUAUGCUUGCUGGAUCUUCGUCCAUUGAAAAUAGAUGGUGCCCGAGCUGAGAAAGUUCUAGAAUUAGUUCGUAUCGCUGCGAACAAGAACACUUGUCCUGGUGAUGUUAGUGCUUUAAGACCUGGUGGCUUACGCUUUGGAAGUGCCGCAUUAACAUCACGAAAUUUCCAUGAAGAAGAUUUCGUGAAAGUUUCAGAAUUCAUACAUGUUGCAAUUCAAAUAGCUGUUAAAGCUAAUGAACUUGCUAGCAGCAAACUAUUAAAGGAUUAUGAAGUUGUUGUUGAAACAAACGUUGAAGUACGUUCAAUGAUUGAAAAAUUGAAGCUUGAAAUUGAGGAAUUUGCUUCUAAAUAUCCUCUACCCGGACUAGAUUUUUAA